AUGGCUGCUCGACUUCCUGUGAGCCAGGUACCGGCGAUGUUCGCCCGCCGGCAGCCUCAGGUGCUCCGUGCCUCUCGACGCCUCCAAUCCUCCUCCGCUCCUCAAACUCAGAACCCCGCCUACCCUCUCUACCCCUCCGUCAUCCAGCUCCUGCACGAGAAGAACAUUCCCGAGUCGGAAAUUUCCAAGAUCCCCGCCUCCGGCCCUAAGGGCCGUCUCCUGAAGGGUGACGUGCUAGCCUACAUUGGCCAGAUCGCUGCUGAAUAUCCGGCCAACCAGGCCGCGACGCUGGCCAAGCUCACGCACCUGGACCUGAGCAACAUUAAGAUCGCGGCACCGGCCCCGAAGCCCGCCGCGCCGGCCGCGGAGGAGAAGAAGGAGGUCGCACAGCCCCCACCCAUGUCCUCGAUCGCCAUUUCCAUCUCUUUGUCGGCUGUGCUGUCCGCGCAGAAGAAGAUUCAGGAGAGCUUGGGUGUGACGGUUCCUCUGUCCCGCUUCCUGGCCAUUGCCACCGACCUUGCCAACGACGGCCUGCCUCGCUCCAAGAGCGAGAAGCCCUCUUCGGAUGAAUUGUUCGAGGAGCUUCUCGGCGCCGAGCCCGUGAACACGUCGCGUGGCGACUACAUCCCCGAGCUGAACGCUUUCGAGGCCUCCGAGGCGCGCCAGCCCGAGCCCGUGGUUGAGGAUAUCAUUGAUUUCCUGAGUGCCAAGCCCGGCAAGAAGACCGUUGCUUCCUCAGUCUCUGCUGUGGAGGGCGGUGCUGCCCAGAACGUGUUCAGCUUGACUGUCCCCGUGGGCGAGGAGCUGCGUGCCAAGACCUUCCUCGAGCGGAUCAAGACUCUCCUGCAGGUCGAGCCUGCCAGGCUGGUUCUUUAA